AUGGCUGAAGAAAAUCAUACCAUGAAAAGUGAGUUUAUCCUCACAGGAUUUACAGAUCACCCAGAGUUGAAGACACCUUUUUUCUUGGUGUUCCUUGCCAUCUAUCUGAUCACCAUGGUAGGGAACCUUGGCCUGGUGACACUGAUUUCUAAAGAGCAUCAUCUUCACACGCCAAUGUACAUCUUUCUGGGCAACCUCGCUCUUGUGGAUUCUUGCUGCGCCUGUGCCAUUACUCCCAAAAUGUUAGCGAACUUCUUUUCUGAGGACAGAAUGGUUUCCAUCUAUGAAUGCAUGGCACAGUUUUAUUUUCUUUGCACCAGUGUAACCACGGAAUGUUUUCUGCUGGCAACAAUGGCUUAUGACCGCUAUGUGGCCAUAUGCAAACCAUUACUUUAUCCAGUGAUUAUGUCCAAUACAGUAUGCACCCGGCUGUUAGUUUUGUCAUUUUCAGGUGGCGUUCUUCAUGCCAUAAUUCAUAAUGCUUUGUUAUUCAGAUUGACCUUCUGCAAUUCCAUCAUAGUACAUCAAUUUUACUGUGACAUUAUACCAUUGUUUAAGAUUUCUUGUACUGAUCCUUCUAUUAAUUUUCUGAUGGUAUUUAUUUUCUCUGGAUCAAUACAAGUAUUCACCAUCUUGACUGUUCUUGUCUCUUAUACACUAGUUCUCUUCACAAUCUUAAAAAAGAAGUCUCUACAAGGCAUAAGGAAAGCUUUCUCUACUUGUGGAGCCCAUCUUUUAUCUGUGUCUUUAUACUAUGGUCCACUUCUCUUCAUGUAUGUGCGCCCAAGAUCUGCACAGGCAGAUGAUCAAGAUAUGAUGGACUCUCUAUUUUACGCUGUCAUAAUUCCUGUGUUAAACCCAAUUAUCUAUAGCCUGAGAAAUAAGAAAGUACUAGAUUCACUGAAAAAAGUGCUAAAGAGAAAUUCUUAA